AUGAGUGAACGCCACAGCAAGAACAGUAAGAAAUCCAACGCCGAGCGACAACGGGAGGUGGAUCGUCAACUCGAGUUGAUGAAGGCGGCGAUUGGAGAUGAUAACUUUGAUAGCGACAGUGAAUCAGAUAGUGAUGAUUCUUUGGAACAGCUCAAGGAACGUUCUGGUAGUAGUAGUCGCAACGCUGUGGAAUCCGCUCGCAAAUUCUUGUGGGACGAAGCCGAUGACGAAGAUGAUGCCGUCUUGUUGGGUGGUCCCUUUCCUACCAAAAGUAGCCAUCACCACAAGCCUCUUUGGGAUUCCUCUCAUCGAUCGCAAUUGGAUGAUAGCAUUAAUCUCCACAAUGCUGCUGCAUUGGGUGGUGCAGCAGCAGCGGAAGGCAAGAUUCGUCAAUCCUUUUCGGACAUUUUUCUCCGAGGCAACAACCUGAACAACCGAGCUUCUACUACUACUACUACUACUGGUAACAACAACAAGAAACUAAAAACAACAGCAGCAACCUGGUACGAUGCGGAUUCUCGAGACGCCGACGAUGCCCUUGAUCGCAAGGUCAAACCCAAAAGUGUUUGGUCCUAUCUAACCUGUUUGUGGAACCUAGUUCUUUGGUUCAUCCUAUUGAGUGUUGUCUUUGUCUUUGGAUACUACAUUUACGACUUUGCCAAGUCCCUCAAGCCAGAGAAAUCGGUGGAAAUUGACGUCACGGACCUGGAGAAGCAUGCCAGUGCCGUGCAAAAGGCCUUGACCAAGAAUGGUGUCUUGAUCGAGGAAGCACUGCGAGAUGCCGAUUCUCCCCAAGCCGCCGCCCUCCAGUGGCUAUCACAAGAUACCUUUGAAACAUCCACAAAGGCCAAAGAUCCCUACCUGGCGCAACGCUAUUCAUUGGCUGUGAUCUAUCAUGCCACCAACGGAAUGCAUUGGGCCAAUUCCGAUGGAUGGUUGACCAAUGCAGGAUACUGCGAAUGGUACGGCGUCCAAUGCUUGGGCGCAGAGACGGAUAUUACUUCCCAUCAUGGCAACGGCCCAGUCUUUGAAUUGAACUUGUCCUCCAAUCAAGUCAAGGGUACCAUUCCGGUCGAGUUGAAUGCCUUGGAGGCUUUGUUUUUCUUGGACCUUCAAGACAAUGCAAUAGAAGGAACGAUUCCCGAGGAAUUGGGUGGAUGGUCGGCACUUCGGAUGUUUUCGAUUGCUCACAAUGAACUGUAUGGAAGUAUUCCAGUCACUCUCUUGACAACUUCGCCCGAUCUCCAUGUGUUGAAUGCUGGACACAAUGGUUUUACUGGUACGAUUCCUCCUGAAUUGGGAACGGCUACCAAACUGCGCGAGAUUCGUCUCGAAUACAAUAGCUUGUAUGGUCACAUUCCCGACAGUGUGCGAGAUCUGGACCGUGUGGAAACUCUGCAUUUGGCGGGCAACAAAUUGGGCGGGUCUUUGCCCAUUGGCAUUUACGACAUGGCCCGGUUGGAAACCUUGCACCUCCACGACAACUCGUUAACGGGACACCUCUCCAACAACUUUGCCAGCUUGAGCCACCUCGAGCUUCUAACUCUGAACCAUAAUCAGCUCGUUGGUACGAUUCCGAACGUAUUUUCCAACGCGAAAUACUUGCAGGAAAUACAACUGCACGCCAAUGAACUGUCUGGGACCAUGCCCCAUUCUGUUUGCUCGCUGGCCACGGAACGCAAGUUGGCCUAUCUGAGUGCGACCUGUACCCAGACAAAUGUGGAAGGUGAAUUGGGCGUCCACUGUGACUGUUGCACAGAGUGCAAGUAA